CGUGGUUGUCACUUCUGAGAUCAUUAGCUGUCAAAGAUUGUAGGUAUAAGAGGCAACAUGUGGCAACUGGGGGACAGUCAGUCAUGGAUUCCCGUACUUUGGCCUUCACUCUGCUCUUGGUUGGGUUGGUUGUGGCCCCUCCCCCUGGACCAAAGGGCAAACCUCCUGGACCCGCCCACUCACAAAGCUCUAAAGGACCCUACGAUGAGGAUGCUGAACCAAGCCAGGAGCAGGACCAAGAACAAUACGCCUCAGAAUACUUUCCUGAAGGUCAAACUCAAGGAUUCCAAAACCCACAAAACUAUCCGGCGCAAGGCUCUUAUCAAGGAUCUUUCAAUCCUCAAGAAGGCUUCGACAGCCAGGUGUCUGUAGGCUACCAAUCACCGGACUCUCAACAGAACCAAUUCCUUCUACAGCAGCAGUUCAAGCCUCAGCAGCAGUUCAAGCCUCAGCAACAACAGCAGCAGUUCAACCCCCAGCAGCAAGCGUACUUCCAGCAACAACAGCAGAGUGCCAAGCCUUACCAACUACAGCAGCCAAGCUACGGCUACAUGCCUCAGACUAGUAUGGGAUACUUGCCCAGCAUGUACAACCCAAUGCCCAUGAUGAUCUCCCCUCAUGACUUCACACCCUCCUUCCCCAGUUUCCAAGGUUUUCCAAUGUCUGUCGGAGGUUACGGAGUGCCUCAGAUGUCCAACCAACCUUCCUUCCAACAAGGAGCUCAGGGCUACCUCACAGGACAGCCCCAAGGACAAGUUGAAGGUCAGGUGAAGUUUUCAGCCCCGAAACCUCAACGAAAAGGAAAGAAGCCCAAGCCAAGCCAAGCCCAAGAAGCUGUCCCUAUUUAAAAUUAUAGAGAGUUCUACGCUCAACAGUAGUUUACAAAUAUGAUAAGAUAUUAAACAUUUUACUAAACAUUUUAA